CGUCGAGUGGUUUGAAUGGGAACGGGAAGUCAUCGCACAGUUAGCUAGUUGAGUAGCCAGGAAGAAACUUACCCACGUCGUUAUAAAACAUUUAGGCAGCUGAGUGACGAUACUCCGAAUUGCAUUUUAUUUAUUUAUUUACCGGCUGAUGACAUGAUGUUUUAAAUCUGACCGACAUUACGGCCAUGGCGUUGUAAUAAGCAUCUGUCCGAAGAGGCAGGAAUCAGUCUGAUGAGGGGGCACCUACAGCUGGCAGGAUGCAGCAGAAAAGGAACAUCCAGAUCAUCGAGUGGGAGGACCUCGACAAAAGGAAGUUCUACUCUUUUGGGGUGUUCAUGACGAUGACCAUCCGGGCCACCGUCUACCCGGCCACACUCAUCCGCACUCUGCUGCAGGUGCAGAGGGGCAAAUCACUCUACAGCGGCACCUUUGAUGCCUUCUUCAAGAUUCUGCGGGCGGAGGGCAUUCAAGGCCUGUAUCGUGGCUUUAUGGUCAACACCUUCACGCUCAUCUCAGGCCAGGCUUACAUAACCACCUACGAGCUGGUGAGGAAGUACGUCUCCCAGUAUUCUGAUGACAAUACAGUCAAGUCACUGGUGGCGGGCGGAUCGGCCUCCCUGGUUGCUCAGAGCAUCACUGUUCCUAUAGAUGUUGUUUCUCAGCAGCUGAUGAUGCAGGGCCAAGGGGGGCACCUCACCCGCUUUCGGCUCAAUUUCAACACAGAGACUGAAAAGUCCAAAAAAGUGUUCGGCCAAACCAGGAACAUUAUGGCUCAGAUUUUUGCUGCUGAUGGUUUCCGGGGCUUCUACAGGGGAUACGUGGCUUCUUUACUCACUUAUAUCCCGAACAGUGCUGUCUGGUGGCCUUUCUAUCAUUUUUAUGCAGAGCAACUCUCUAAAAUGGCUCCCAGUGACUGCCCUCACCUGAUUCUACAAGCCAUGGCUGGACCUCUAGCUGCUGCUACUGCCUCAACUGUCACCAACCCAAUGGAUGUUGUCAGAGCCAGAGUACAGGUUGAAGGGAGGACUUCAGUCAUUGAGACGUUCAGGCAGCUGAUCAAAGAGGAGGGAUUUUGGGGAUUGACCAAAGGACUGUCGGCACGCAUCAUUUCAUCCGCACCCACUGCCAUCGUCAUGGUGGUCGGCUAUGAGACGCUAAAAAAACUGAGUUUGCGACCAGAGCUGGUGGACUCCAGACACUGGUAGAAGAUAAUUGGACAGAUGAAGUAUGGACCAUGUACCAUUUUAACCCUCAGAUUAGACUUUCUGUGAAGGCACUGGAUGAAUGCAAGGUUUGUUUUAAACAACAACCUGGGGAAUAUAAUGGAAUGAGGCCAAUUUAAAUACACAACAGCUGUGUAUCAGACAUUGAACUUAUGUGUUCAUACCAACAUAUUUCUUGCAGAUUAAGUAUCUGGCCAUUAACAUUCACACUAGAGCCAGGUUCACAGUCUGUUUGCUGCUUAACAGGGUUUUGUUUUUAGUGCAAUUGAAUGUGGUGGUGUUUUAAUACUGGAAGAUGCAGACACAUUGAUGCAACCUUAUAGGAUUAUUUUUUUUAUUAUUUGGUCAACAAAGGAAAUGUUAAUGUAUCAACACAGCUGUACAAUCAUGUUCAGGCAUCCUUUCAGUGGAGAAAGGGGAAUUGAUUGUUGACACAUAAAAACCUGGUUUUCAUUUAUAACUCAUAGUGAUGCAUUCACAGCAGCAGUAAACAAUUCUUUCCCAAGUGUUCUUUUCUUUGCGCUCACCAAACUGGCUUCUAUGUCAGUUUCUGCAGUUCCUUUACGCCUUUUUAAGUUGCUGCCGUCAUAGUGUGACAGUCUGCUUUCUGUUUUUAAUUGCUUAAUGUGCGUGAGAAGCCUCUGUGUUGUAGGUGCAUUUCAUGUAGUCCGCUGCACAAACAUGGUCAAAACACAAAUUCCAUGCAAAACGGAAUACAUAGAGUACAAUAUAUUUGUCAACAUUUUUGUAACAUGCUAGUAUGUCCGGCAUCAUAGAAAAUAUUGCCGUGAUCAAGCUGGUUAAUAACUGGCAGAUUUUGUGUACUGGUGGUAACUACUAGAAGGCAUUUUCUAUAGAUUUCCAUUGUGCUGAGCUGCCAGUUGAAACCUGUGAAGCAAGAAGCAGAAAUAAUGCUGUUUCCCUAUUGUGACAGUAAAUGUGCAAUAAUGUAAAUGUUUUAUCCUUUUUAGCACAAGAUGUGAUUGUUUAUUACUUAUACGUUGUGUGAAAAACAUGUCUUUAAAGGAAUUAUACCUAAUUUAUUUUCUUGAAUGAUUUGUGAUUAUGACCACAAAAGUGUCCAAAGUUGUUUUUUCUGUUUAAGAUGAAGAUUGUGGCUCAUUCAGUUUGUUGCUUUUGUAACUUUUUUCCCCACAUGGCUUUUUAGUAAAGAUGAUUCAUGACAAAAGUAUAAGAUCAGAUGUGGUCAGUUUGUUGAACUGAUCAUAUAGUAUAUAGAUAUGAUGUGAUAUAUAGAAUGGUAAUUGGCUGUUUUAGUUUGACCGAAGGCAUAUUCCUAAAUCUGAGAAUUUAUUAAAAUGAAGCCAUAUGGUCCCACAGUGCCAAGACAAGUUGUAAACAUAUAAUGGAUACCUAAUGAACUCUGGUAUACCUUGUAGAUGUUCAUGCGGUGACGCGCUUCUUCUUUUCAAAGCAUGUUUUACUGAAUUCCGCUCACCUUGUGGGAGAGAAGGGAAACGAUGCAGGCUUCUGUAAUAAGAUUGACUACAGUCUGGAAUUUAAUCAUACAUUUUUAAUUUCUUUGCACAACUUUCAGUAACUCUAAAAGUAUGAUUAUGUUGUCGGUGAAAAUCAGAACUCAACUGUCAUGUACAGAAUACACUUCACAUCUCGUGUUGUCUCAGUGUGUCUUGUUUCAUCUGUUUGGUCAAUAAAACUUCACAGCUGCUUAACAUCA